GCUCGGCGGCGGCCGUGUGCUUUGGCGUCGUCUCCAUCCACUUUGAUCACUUCAAAAUGCAGCUUGUUUGGACAAUGCGCAGGCAAAAGGAAUUUUUUGAAUUUUACAUAUUGUAUUUGCGUCCUGUUUUUGUUCUUAUAUCGCUAAUAGGACUGUCUUUCUACAGCCAGCAGAGGGCGCUUCGACUUCUCAAAUGAUAAUGUAAUUCUUCUCCAUGGUCAGCAGAGGUCGCUUUUAUGGAAAGUGGAUGAAAUAUUUCAAACUUCACUUUGACUGUGCAUAUUCUCAAUUCUUAUUUUUCAUUUGACAUUUUUCUUUGCCCACUCCAAGGGGGCAGAUAUUUUUUCACGGCACUGCAUUUUGGUGGCGCUCUUAAGGGAAGGGCGACGCCUGGAGUUGAGUUGGGGACCUUCUUUGCAUCGUCCUCUUGCUCUGAAUUACGUUGCAUCUCUUGCAGUGAAGCUCAGUGCGAGUGGGAACGCCGGAAUAACAAUUUCAGAAAAAUCAAGUUUCUUUGAGUGAAUCCAAGCAAAGCACGAACGUGAUGACACGUCAACGUGUGUGUGCGUGUGCGUCUGCGCGCACGCGCGGGCGGGCGGGCGUAUGUCCUUCCUGCCGACUCUUAUCUGUCAAGCUGAAGCCUUUUUCUCUUCUUCUCGCCUCAGCUUCAAAGCGAGUCAUCGCCGAGACCCUCCUCAUCCUCCCGCCUUGAAUUACUUUCCGUUUCUGAUUCUGUUCUUCACUUUCCCCUCCUAAUAAUUCCUGUUGUUUUCCACUUCUCCCUCAUGGUUAAGUGUCCUUCCCUCCUUCAACGUCUCCUUUUUCUCGUUCCCUCGAAGGAUCGCUUGAAAUAACUUCAACUCGAAGUCUCGAGGCGAUCAAAGCUGACAUUUGGAGCGUUUCGACUCUUGCUCGGCGGCGGUUUGCGCGCCUGGCAGCGGGCCCGACGACGAGUGCGCCUCGGGGCCGUGUUGGAUCGCGGCCGCGGGCCCAGAUGUUGCUGGGCCGGCCCGGGAGUUCGUGCGGCGGCGAGAACCGCAAUGAAAUGUGAGCCUGCUCCGUCAUUUUGGGGAUGUUUUACAAAAGACACGUUAGCAGGCCACAGCCCCGCGAGCAGAUGUUAGCGCUCUGGGAAAACAAGGGCAAGCGACACCGGGGACGCCGAGGAAAGGACACCGCCAGACGAUAUGGCUCAAGAUGUCGGUGGAUUCUGAGGAUUCUUGCGCGCUGUUGUCCUCGCGAGACUCGCGCAUCUCCUGCGUCUUCCGGGCGGCGGACGAGAAAGAUGACGUCCAGGCAGCGGGAGACGAGAGCGUUCUGGAGAUGCUGAGCUGCUCCAAGUUCUCGGACCUGGAAACAUGGCUGUGCAUGCCCUCGUCGCUCCCGCUGCCGACCUCCCCGGACUCGGACUCGGCCUCCGCGUCCGACCGCGGCGAUGGCGACAGCGAGCGGGACGGCGCCUUCCUGGCCCCGGCCUUGAGCAAGGAGACGCCCUUCCUGGUGACCCCGCUGCUGCCCGUCCUCUCGUCCACGCCCGACGCCGCCGCCGCCGCCCUGGCCACCCACGGCGCCGUCGGCAUCAGGAAGCGCCGGCGUCUCGCCGCCGGUCCCGGAGGACUUCACUGGAAGUCAACAGGUUCGCCGUGGUCACCCGAGGAGGAGGACGAGGAGGGCGGCCCGGGCGACCUGGCGAGGCGCCAGCACCCGGCCCAGCGGAGCGGCGCCGGCGAGCGGGCGGCCGUCAGGAAAACGCUUUCGGCCGACGAGCGGCUUCUGCAGCCGACCGGCGCCGAGCGACGACACCUGAAGCUGCUCGGCAGACUGGAGAGAGGACGCAAGAAGCUGCGCAACAUCCACGUCGGACGGCAAGCUCGCCCGAUUGGCGCAGAGGUGGAACGGGCGCACGGCGGCCGGCGACGCCCUGAUCCGGGACCCGCGGCCCCUGUUUUGCACGGGAAUCCCCCGCUCCUCACGAAGCCUGGACAGACGCCUCCCGGCUGUGAUGACCCAGCAGAUGCAGAACUUGCAGUUGUCUCAAGCCAAGAAGGUCCCGGGAGGGCCGGCCUCCCCCAACGCCGCCAAGCGCCUUUAUCGCAACCUGUCGGAGAAGCUGCGAGGAAGCACGUCGUCCUUCGAAGACGCCUACUUCUUCGGGAAGACCGAUCGCCUUCGCAAGGCCUCGACGAUGCAGGGCAGCGAGUGCCUGCUGGAGGCGGUGGAGCAGCAGGACGCGGACGCGGUGCGGAUCCUGCUGGGCCGCUUUUCGGCCGAGGAGCUGGACCUGAACGCGCCCGACGGCCGGGGCCUGACGCCGCUCGACGUCGCCGUCAUGACCGACGACGCGCCCAUCGCCGAGAUGCUGCUCAAGGCUGGCGCGAGGGAGGGGCCGCACUUCGCGAGCGGCGAGAGUCGCGAGGCCCACCUGGCGGCGUUGGUGGCCGAAGCGGAGCGUCGCGCCGCCGAGCUGGCGGCGCGGGCGCAGCGGGACGGCCUGUCGCUGGAGGCGUGCCACAAGGACAAGCAGCUGAGGGCCUGGGAGUGGAGGUGCACGCUCUACAAGCGCAUGGAGAGCGCAUUCCAGCACGCACGCCGACUGUUAAGGCGUCGGCGUCGGCGUUGUCCAGGUUCGCCGGAGGCCCCCGCGCGGGUCCGUCUGAGCGUCAGCAGCAGCUCCUCGCUGAGCGUCGCCUUUCAGGAACCGCGAGGCCUCAACUCCACCGUGGUCACCAAGUACAGAGGUACGCGGGCGCGAGCGCUGGCGCGCGUCACACCACUCGCCAUCAACACCACAUGGAGUGGAGCUGCUUGAAGGAUUUCUCACUGCUGGCCGGAGAGACGCUGCACGAGAACCCGCACAGCCUCAAAUGCACCAUCGGCAGCCUCAGCACGGGUCGUCUGUACUACGUGCGAGUGUCGGCCUGCAACGUGAGGGGCUGGGGUCCGCCCGCCUGCGCCUCGCCGCCGGCUGCUGCUCCUUCCAACUGGCGAGAGAGCGACGGGCGGAAGCCCAGGAGGCACAGCCACAUCGAGGUUAUGGAGCGCCUGCUGCAGCAAGUCCGAGCCACGCACUCGCUCUACUGCUGCGGAGACGCGGCCAAGCUGCAGAACCCCAGCAGGAAGCAGUCGGUCUCCCGGAGCCUCAAGCAUCUUUUCCACUCCUCCAACAAGUUUGUGAAGACACUGAAAAGGGGGAUCUACUUAGCGGCCGUGUUCUACCACAAGGACAGUUUACUGGUGACGGCCGAGGACCAGAUCCCCAUCGUGGAGGUGGACGACUCCUACGGCAGCUCCCUCAUGCAGGACUUCCUGUGGUUCACUAAGCUGUCGUGCAUGUGGGAGGACGUCCGGUGGCUGCGCCAGAGCACGUCGGUGUCCACGUCGUCGUCGUCCACGCUGCAGGCCCGCCACAAGAUGCUGAGCGCCGCCGGGCAGCUGCAGAGCCUGCUGGGCACGCACAACCUGGGCCGCGUCCACUACGAGCCCAUCAAGGAUCGCCACGGCAACGUGCUGCUGGUGACCGUGCGCGACGCCGAGGGCCAGCGCUCGCUCUUCGGCGGCAAGUGGAUGCAGGUGGCCAAACUGCAGAGUCAGCGCAAGUCCUUGUCCACGCCCGAGGAGCCGUACGCCCUCGACGUCCUCGUCAUCACCCUCCAGGACGUGGUGGCGUACCAGCGGCGCAGCACGCAGCGCCUGGCGCCGGGUCUCUACCUGGGCUACCUGAAGCUCAGCAGCUCGGUGGACCAGAUCCGCGUUCUGGUCUCUCAGCGGACCCCCAACAUGCUGUGUCACGCCCGCGUGCGGGAAAACGCCAACGUGUCCAGGGAGGAGUGGGAUUGGUUCCGCACGCUGUCGACCGACGGCGAGGAGGGCGAGGAGGCUCGGCCCGAGAGCCGCGCCGGCCACGCGCCGCUCCUCUUCUACGAGCUCCAGAUGGCCAUCAAGUCGCUGCUCAAGAACCUCCACCUACCUCUGCACCAGGCCCGCCACUUCCGCCUGUACAGCCAGGAAGUGGUGGAGCUGGGUCACGGCGUCUGCUUCCUGCUGCUGCUGCCGGCCGCCGACGACGUCUGCUCGGCCCCCGGCCAGUCCAACCCCUACGCGCCGCUCUCGGGCUUCCUGCACCUGCCGCUGCAGAUGUUUGAGCUCGUGCACUUCUGCACCUACAAGGAGAAGUUCAUCAGUUUGUACUGCCGCCUGUCGUCCGUGCUGGACCUGGACGGCCUCAUCACCCAGCAGGCGCUGCGGGAGGCCAUCACGGACGGCGAGGUGGCCGGCGCCAAAACGAGACAUCAGCUCAUACUCGACUACGUCCAGCAGCUGGACGAGACGCGGCGAGACCUCCGCUGGCUGACGGACGCGCUGCAGUACGCCCGCUACAAGCACCCGCGCGGCGGCGUACCCGUCACCUGCCUGGUGGAAAGCGACGACGGCCAGCAGAAGACCGACUCCACCUCGUCCGCCAUGGACUACCUGCCCUCGCCCUCGCCCUCGCCUUCGCCGUCGCCCUCGCCGGAACUGUGCAGGAGGAAGGCCAUCAGCGACUCGCUCCCGGGCUCGGACGAGGACGGCUGCUCGGAGGUGUUCCUGCCCACGGACAGCGACUACGACUCCAGCGACGCCCUGAGCCCCCGGGAACUGGACCUGCUCUACUCGCCCCCCCGGGACCUGUCCCGGCAGGCCGUGCACUCGCUGGGGGGGAGCGCCCCCGACGUGCUCCAGAUCCACGAGCUCAGGUACAGCACCCCCCCUGUUCAGGACCGCCCCCGGUCGCCUGCCCCGAAGGAGCCCAAGUCCAAAGAAGGCACGGCGCCCUUCCCGCCCCACUCGUCCUCGGUCUCCAAAGACUCUGCCGCCUCGCCCUCCGCUCUGCCACGCUCGCCCUCGCUCCCCCGGGCGCCGUCCUUGUCGCCGUCCGCCCCGCUGCCCCCCCGCUUCUCCGGCGACCUCCCGCUGUCCUUGCCGCUCUGCCCGGCGUUGUGCCACACCACCGAGACUCUGGAGGGCCUCUCGCUCUCAAGGACCCGGCAGGAGGGGGGCGCCCCCCAGCUGAGGCCCGUCCCCAACCCCCCCUCCAAGCGCAAGCUGCUCUCCAGGAGCCACCGGGGCCAGUAUUUCAGCGGGCCCCAGCGCUGGCUAAGGGGCCACAGCGGCGAAAGCCACACGGGGUCUUUAUCCGAGGGCGUCUACACCGAGCAGCGCGACCCGGACCCGCCGCCGCCGCCGGCCUCGCACGGCGCCACCUACGUGAGCCGCACCGACUGCGUCCUGGAGAGCCGCGAGGGGCGCCUGCGCGAGCACGGGCCCCACGUGAGACGGAUCUUCCUGGAGGCCCGCGAGGAGCUGGAAGGGGCGGCGGCGGGGUCGGAGGGCGGGGGCGAGGACCCGGAAGGGGCGGCCGGACAGGACGUCGACUCGGACGACCAAACCAACGCGCAGGUGUCGGAGAUUCUCAGCAGCACGCUCUAGGCCCCCGAAAGCGUCGCACGUCCGCAUGUCCGUGGCUGUUCUUUUUUGAAAAGGUCGUUUUCUAGGAUUACACCAUUGGCCGCUACGUCUGCGGCGUUGCCACGCCAUUCCGGCCGCCCGGGUUUUAAUCACAGCAAAACUAGCGGCCAACGGUCAGCCACUCGUACACUAGUUGCCGCGUCGCUCAGCCUAAAACGGUUCCUAACGUGUACAUUAUGUUGUUUCGGUGAACUGGAAAGUCUUCAACCUGGCGAAAAAUGGAUGAGAGGUAUGUUUUGAAGGACAGGAAAAUGGUUUGUGUGUGGACACAUUUGGCUUUUUGAAGUAUCCGUCCGUGUACACGUGGCCAUUGUAGCCCCGCCCCCCCCACCAUGAACACCUCUCCACGAUGCCCCCCAUCCCGCAUGGACGGACAGAAUCUGAGGCGACCACCGCUUUUCCAAUUUGGCACUUCCUGUUGAUGAGCUUCCGAAGUCGGACCGCUCUGAAGGGAAGACGGCCUUGUCCUGUAGCCACUUUUUGUAGCCAUCUGUAGGACCCCGACCAGAUCUCGUAUCGGUACCUUGGGAAAUGAACUGAUUGGAAAGCAAGCGUACAUUUUUUCCAUGCGGGGAAUGUGGAGAAGAUCAAAACUGCAUAUAGAAAAGGCCCCAAGAACAGGUUUGAAAUGUGAUCCUUCUUGUCCUGCUUGACUCCUGACGGGGUCACGACUUAAGACUGUUGACCAGUUUCACAUCUACCCAAAGUUCAAAUCUGAAAAAAAACUUCAGUGGAGUAGAUACAAACUCACACACAGGAAGCAUCAAGUGUUACGAGUGAACCGACACGGGACCGGGGACCUCGGUCUACUCGCCGCUCGGCCGCCCUGCUCCUUGACUCGUGCCGCUUUCGGGACAUUCCAGUCGGUCGGCCAGUUACAAAUCCCCCGAACUUCAAAACCAUUUGAAUUUCAGUUGUUGAGCCUGCAGAGACGAUAGAAACACACGCGAAGCAUCGGGUGUUCUGAAUGGUCUGAGCCGGAAGCGGGGACCUUCUUGUCCUCGACUUCCCGCGUGUUGGGCGGUUCCCGACCUCCCAAAGUCCGAAGCUCAGCAGCCUCUCGAGGAGGAAGCGCUCGUGUGGCGAGCGUCUCGCUGACCUCUCGCGUGCAUCGUAGAAACCGAAAGUUGCUGGUUCAACUCAGCCCAUCCUCGGACCUCCUCCCGGCGUCGACUGUUACACAGAUGUUAAUCAAUGCAAGCGGGAACGGGAACUUUGCACAUUGUCCACCCGAAAAAAACAAAAAGAAAAAUGUUGUGCUCAGUGGUGUGAAUCUGGAUGGCCGGCUCGUGGCGGGUCGACUUGACGUGACUGCAUGCAGACUUGAAGUCCGCAGUGUCCGGUGAUCUGUUUUCACACAAAUUUCAAUGCGCUGAAGCCACGCCCCCCGCUCAACUUUCAAUCAAAGCCCCCUUGUACCGCCCGGAAAAAUGGAUGCUACUUUGUCUAGUAUCUUUCUUACGCCUGCACGCGCUACACGUUUUGAGUCGCCAAUGUACAUCCGCUUCAAGCCUCAGGUGUUUGGACUCCCGCCGGGUCAUUGUCCAGCUUUUCCAUUUCGCGACAACGAGGCGCUCUAAAGCGGCCGCGCCAGCGGCCUAUCCGAAGGAAGAUAUCGAGCCAACCGACUGCACGACGCAAUUGCACUGGAUAACCACCGAUGCGGACAAACACGUUCAAGUUCUUUUGUAGCGGGGGAGGGGCCAUUCUAGCCCGAGAGGAAGUGCGUCACUCCGCCCCAUUUUAGCCACGCCCCCCCAAAAAUCUGGAAAAGCAGAAAUGGUGACAACAGUUUAACGCUAUAUCUCUGCUAUGAAUGUUUGAUAAGACUUUAUUGAGAUCGAUAUCAGUACGAGUUUUCACUCACCGAUUCCCGAUGCCGCUCGUACUUUUGCUCCAUCAAAUUUCAAUGGACAAAAUGGCAGAUAAGUGAUUUUGGCUCCUGUGGAAAGUUUGCAGCUUUGGCAAUUUUGCAAGCCAGGUCACCACUCUGUGCCAAGCCCUGGAAGGCGCCAUGAAGGCACGGAAUGAUGCCACCGUUUCUAUGCCCUUGUGCUCUUUUGUGGUCGCUUCAACUGGCGUGCGGGUGUCGUUUGCGUUGUGUGUUUUUUUUUUAACUCGGGCCUGCUCCUCACUUCCUGUUUGUUCCCGCUGACGCUUCGGUUCGUUUGCACGUUUGUUUUUUUGUGUUAUUUAUGUUUCCGAGGCGCGCAGAUUGUUCACGAUGCGUAUGCGUGCGCCCCC